AUGCAAAAUAACAGUAGUGAUGCAAAGAAAAGAGAUGUCCAUAUCUCAAAAGCCCUCUCGUACCUUCUACGUCACGGUGCAGUGAAAGAAAACCUCAAGAUAGAUUCAAAUGGGUACAUUUUGGUUUCAGAUCUUUUGAAACAUCAAAGGUUGAAAUCUUUCAAAACUACUUGGUUCGAUGUUAAAAGAAUCGUAAGAGACAAUGAUAAACAACGAUUCCAUUUGAAAAACAAAUCUUCAUCACAAGAUGAUGAUAGCGUAGAAAAUUGGUACAUCUGUGCUACUCAAGGUCAUUCAUUAUCAAAAGUUAAACCGGAUGAAAAUUCUGGUCUUUUGACACCCAUCAUUUUAUCACAAGAUGAAGUUUUCCCCACUCCCUUAAUCCAUGGUACUUCCGUUGAUUCUUUAUUUUUAAUUAUUAAAUCUGGCAAAUUAUCCAAACAAAAGAGAAAUCACAUUCAUUUAACCACUGGUUUGGUCGAUUCAUUGGAAAAUAUUAACAAGAAAGAUGAUGAAACAAAAAUUCUUAGUGGGUUCCGUAAUUCAAGUAAAAUCCUAAUUUAUUUAAAAACAUCUCCUAUAGAAUAUAUAAAUGAUUUACAUUUAUUAAAAUCAAUUAAUGGCGUUGUCUUAACGGAAUCUAACAUUCCAAUUGAAAAUUUCGAGAAAAUUGUCAUUAGAAAUUCCAAGAAAGAUGACGUAAAGAUUCAAAAAUUAAUUGAUCUACUGAAAGAGAAUAAUGUUUCCUACGAGUUUGAUGCUUCUUGUAAGGGGAGUUUGUAA